ACAAUUUUUUUGACUCUUGACGUGAGCGAGUACGGUUGUUAUAAGCCGUCGAUAUGUCGUCGAUUAAAUUAAAUUUAGUAUUGUGCAGUGUAAUAUUAUGCAUUUUGGUGUGCGUCAACACACAGUCCGUGCACAGACGCUUUGAAUACAAAUAUUCGUUCAAGCCGCCGUAUUUAGCGCAAAAAGAUGGAUCCGUUCCUUUCUGGGAGUACGGAGGCAAUGCCAUAGCAUCAGGGGAGAGCGUCCGACUGGCGCCGUCGCUCCGCAGCCAGAAGGGGGCGAUCUGGUCGAAGCAGCCGCUCAACUUCGACUGGUGGGAGAUCGACAUCAUGUUCAAGGUCACCGGCCGAGGCAGGAUAGGGGCUGAUGGGCUGGCGUUCUGGUACACGACCCAGCGUGGCGACUACACGGGCGAGGUGUUCGGCUCGUCGGACCGCUGGAACGGGCUGGCCGUCAUCUUCGACUCGUUCGACAACGACAACAAGCACAACAACCCCUACAUCAUGGCCGUGCUCAACGACGGCACCAAGGUCUUCGACCAUAAGAGCGACGGGUCCCAGCAGCUGCUGUCGGGCUGUCUGCGCGACUUCCGCAACAAGCCGUUCCCCACGCGCGCGCGCAUCGAGUACUACCUCAACACGCUCACCGUCUACUUCCACAACGGAAUGACGAACAACGAGGCGGACUACGAGCUGUGCUUCCGCGCGGAGAAUGUAGUGCUGCCGCGCGGCGGGUACCUGGGGCUGUCGGCCGCCACGGGCGGGCUGGCCGACGACCACGACGUCAUCCACCUCCUCACCACCUCGCUGCACACGCAGCAACAGACUGGCGGCGGCCAGCAGAUGAGCUCGGACGAGCAACAGAAGCUGUCGCAGGAGUACCAGGAGUACCAGAAGAAGCUGGAGCAACAGAAGGAGGAGUACAGGAAGGAACAUCCUGAUGAGGUGCGCGACAAGGACGGCGAGUUCGACGACUGGUUCGAGUCGGACGCGCAGCGCGAGCUGCGGCAGAUCUUCCAGGGACAGAACCAGAUCCACGACGUGCUGCGCGGGCUCAACAAGAAGAUCGAUGAGGUGAUAGGCAAGCAGAUGAACUCGCUGUCGAUGCUGACGGCCGUGUACUCGCACACGCAGGGACAGCCGCUGCAGCCCGGCGCCGCGCCGCCCGCGCAGAUGCCGGCGCUGCCGAUAGGGCGCCACGACUGGGACGCGCUGGUCGCCAACAACCAGGUCAUGAUCAACACCAUCGCUGAGCUCAAAGGCUUCAUAAUCGAGGUGUCCCGCAAGUCGGACGCGAUGGUGGCGGGGGGCGGGGGGGGCGGUAGUGCCAUCAACCCGCAGUUCCUCAACGAGAUGAGAGACUCCAUCAACACGGUCAAGGCCACCGUCGCCGGGGUCGCGCAGAGGAUCCAGUCGGGCGCCCCCCAGCCGCAGGCGGUAUCAGGCUGCCCGGAGGUGAGCUGCGUGAGCUUCACCGGGCUACUGGUCGUCGUCGCCGCGCAACUCACGCUCAUGCUCUUCUACGCCAUCUACAAAGAAAGAAAAGAAGCGCAAGCGAAGAAAUUCUUCUAAAGUUAUCGCUAGGAGUCGCUAGGUGGCGCCACUAGUUCCAUGCAACUCACUCACCCCGGGCUUCCGUUUCCGUCAGAAAUAUUAUGUUCAUACUGUUAUAAUUAUAUUAGUAUUAUUAUUUUUUUACUCUGGUCACACUUGCUAGUAUGUUUUUUUAACUGGUCACACUUUUUCUUCUAGAUUGUAAUGUAGAGGUAAAUUAGACUUUAAUGCUUUAGUUACAGAGUCUAUUCUUCCUUAGCAAAGUAUUUAGUUAUGCGAAAACCAACCUUAAUUUUAAAGUAAUAAGGUCUUAUUUCCUAUUGAAAUGUCUUAUUAGCUCUACUGUAGUAUUAUUAAGAUUUAACAACAGUAGACACAUUCAAAGACCAAAUGUAACAUAUCAUACAUUUAAUAAUUAUUAUUAUUUCAAAUACGUAUCAAGAAUCGUAGCAAUUGGCGUUCCAUAGUCUCUGCCUACCCCCAUGGGGGAAAGGCGUACGUAUUGAAUAUGGGCUCAAAUAAUUAAAUAAAUAUUCAAUACAAUAAUUCCACAUGAAAUUUCAAAUUGCUUAUAAGGCUCUGUUUCCCUUGCUUUAUAUGUAUUUAAUUUUAGUACAAAAUCUAGCAUCGAAUUGUCACAUUUUUCAAACGAUAUUCGACCUUAUUGCAUAACUAGCUUUCUGUUCGGGACUUGACAGAAAACUACUGAAUGGAUUUGGAUGGAAUUUGUUUCAGAGAUAAAUACACAUAAGUACCCUUAGUAUGAGUUUGCUUUACGUUAAAAAAAUCGAAAUGAGGCGCUCUGAUUGGCCGGCUCCAAUACCUAAAGGUAGGCGUCCACAGACCCGCAUCGUACGCAUCGGACGAAUCGCAUCAAACGGAUAAAAUUUUCAGACUGCGUCCACUGUAUCGGCAGCGAUCGGAUUGCCGACGCAAGUAUUAGCAAUCGGAUUUUUGACAUCGGCAUUCCGUAUGACGUCAUCAGUACGCAUCGCAUGUAGGCAUUGCCAAUAAGCGGUCCGUACGAUGCGGAUCAGUGGACGCAGUUGUAUGAGUUUCUAUACAAGACAAACUAAAAUCCGAUGCGUACGAUGCGUGCGAUGGGCCAAACUGUGUUUCCUGAUGGUAACCUGGGUGUCUUCAAAGCCCGAGUGAAUAGGUUGCUUAUGCGCAGACGUGCUCCAUCGUAGGCCGCAUCAUCACUUACCAUCAGGUGAGAUAGCGGCCAAACGUCGACUCAUUAAAAUAUAAAAAGAAAAACGCGUAAAGCAAACUCAUACUAAGGGAAAAGGUACUUUUUAUCGAGCGAAACCGCUAGUUAAAGCUAGUAUGUAGUAAGAUUGAAUAUUUUUUUUCUUAAUAUUUUUUUUUUCUCUCAAAGUGCAGUUCACAAGAAUAUAAUAUGUAAUGUAUGAUCUCAGUAUUGUCGGAACAUCAGUCAGUUGCAUGGAAUUAGCGGCUGUUAGGUUUUUUUUACCAAUGUGAGCGCGAGACUGUCUGUCUGUCUGUCUGUACAUAAUAUAUUUAUACUGUUCCCUUGUUCCUUGAUGUUUUAUUAUUUUAAUUAUUAAUUUUUUUAUGUAGGGAUGGUUUUAACAUCGAUUUUGUCCCGAAAAAUAUUUGACACGUAUUUUUUUAUAUGAAAAAUAGAGUUUAAAAAGUUAUAAUUUGACUUCACGGUUGUCUCUGUGACUGGGUGAUUGAUAUUAUGUAGUGAAUUCGAUUCCUAUACGAUGUUAAAAAACUAAUAAAUAAUCAUUUUCAAAAAGUGAGUGCUUACUACAUAUUGCUUUUUUUAAAAAAUACGUGUCUAAUGUUUUUCUCAAUUCAACUAGAUGGACAAACAAACUAAUAUUAUUAUAAAUAAUUAUAUGAAUCGUCCCUAUGUCAAGAAUUUUGUUAUUUUUCUAUUAAAUGGUGUUGUCUCGCGAUGUGCGCGCGCGCAUGUGUGUGCGGAUGUGUGUAUGUGUGUGUGCGUCUGUGUGUAUGUGUAAAGAGGUUGUAAGUAAAGAUUAUUUUUUGAGAUUA